AUGAUCUACUCCUCCGGAAGAGAAUCCUACUUCAACCUGAACUCGACCUGGUACGACCCCUCGGGGUCCUGGCUGGACACCCGGCGGACCCCCUUCCGCUACGGCUACGGCAGCUGCUGCUCGGGGUGCGGCGCGGAGGGCGCGGAGGGCAUGCGGGGCCACGACUAUCGCUGCUACGGCUACCGGCAGCCGCGCUGCGCCGAGCGCUGCCAGGGCUCCGCUGCCUCCUGCCACGCAGCAGGGGGCUCCAGCUGUGUCCGGAGGCCGACCUACAGCUACGGCUCCUCGGGCGGGUGCCAAGGCUACGGCAGGUCGGUCUGCUCCGAACGAUGCCAAGGGUCCUCAGGGUGCCACGGAGGUGGUUCAAGCUGCGUCAGGAGGCCCACGUACAGCUGUGGGACGUCAGGAGGAUGCCAGGGCUACGGGGGGUCCGUCUGCUCCGAGCCCUGCCACGGAGCAGGGUACCAGGGGGGGAAGCCCUCCUGUGGCAAGCCAGGACAGAGCACUCCAGUGAAGGUCUGUGCCCCUCCACAGCAGAUCUGUGCCCCUCCAGUGAAGGUCUGUGCCCCUCCAGUGAAGGUCUGUGCCCCUCCACAGCAGAUCUGUGCCCCUCCAGUGAAGGUCUGUGCCCCUCCACAGCAGAUCUGUGCCCCUCCGCAGCAACAGUCCUGCAUGCCCAUGGCAAAGUGCAUCCCGAGGCAGCAGCCACAGCAGAUCUGCAAAGUGCCAGCCCGGAAGACAAAGUAG